AUGGACUUGACCGCCGAUUUCAAGUCUUUCCAAGAGCUGGUGCAAUCCUCCCUGAUCAACGUAACGAGAACCGCAAAUCAAAUCUCUAACCAAGAUUUGAGCUUUCAUCGCUCCUCCAGCGAAAAACUGUCUCGUGCGCUCGACCGGCAGAAUGCACACCUUUUGCGCUUGACCAACAAACUGCUGAAAGCCGCCACCAAGGAUACGAACAUCAAAGCUCCAUCCCUCCAAAGUCAAGAUGAUAUAGAGGAUAGGUGGCCCCGCAUAGUCGAUGUGAUUGACAAUCUUCUUGAGAAAACCGAUUCCAAGCUGGAUGAAGUAUCGGGGGCGUUUCAGCGUCAGAGUCUCAAUGACCGAGGUGUGGUGCCGACUCCAAAGCCUGGAACGCCCGUCAGUGACUUUCCGCAGUCGUCUCCCAAAGUCAUAAAGAAACCGCAACAACUUUUUGAAAGAAAGGUCAACAAUUUCGAGACCAGCCAUUUUAAGCCUCUUCUUCGGACAAAGCCUCACGCAGUCGUUCCCCUAGAAGAGAGCAUCGGCGACGAAGAUACUGGAUACAAGCACCCCUAUCAACGUGAGAUCGAAGAAUAUGCCUAUCCCGCUUCCGUGUAUCAAACACGUCCUCCCAUUCCCUUUAAUCCGGCAGAUGGAAGUGAAGCGACUUUCGUCGACACUGAAGAGGGCGUCAAAGAAAUGCUGGAAGAAUUGAAAGGCGCCACCGAGAUCGCAGUUGAUCUUGAGCACAACGACCAACGCUCAUAUAUUGGUAUGGUGUGUCUCAUGCAAAUCAGCACUCGUGAAAAAGAUUGGAUUGUCGAUACCUUGAAGCCUUGGCGCGAGAAUCUACAGAUUCUCAACGAGGUCUUUGCAGAUCCAAAGAUCCUGAAAGUGCUCCACGGCUCAAAUAUGGACAUAAUCUGGCUACAACGAGAUCUCGGCUUAUACGUCGUUGGCCUUUUCGACACAUUCCACGCAUCUUGUGCCCUGCAGAUUCAGGGGAAAGGUCUGAAGCAUCUCCUCCACCGUUUCGCCAAUUUCGAGGCACAGAAGCAGUAUCAAACAGCCGAUUGGCGGGUAAGACCUUUACCGCCGGAACUAGUUGACUAUGCUCGCUCAGAUACACAUUACCUGCUGCAUAUCUAUGAUCACGUCCGAAACAUGCUCAUUGAAUCAUCCACCCCCACCGAAAAUCUUACGGACCAUGUCCUGACACAAUCGAAGAAAGAAGCUCUUCAAGUCUAUGAUCAUCCAUUCUAUGAUUCAGAAUUCGGGCGUGGCUCGUAUGGGUGGCUUGGACUGCUCAUGCAGAGAACCGUGACCUUCAACAAAGAACAGUUUGGGGUCUUUCGAGCUGUGCACGCGUGGCGAGACCGCAAGGCAAGAGAAAUGGACGAAGGGAUUCAAUAUAUUCUUCCUAAUCGUCUCUUAUUCUUAAUCGCAACCAACAUGCCGACCUCGGUCUUCAACUUCCACGUCUCAAUCCGAGGAGUCCCCAAAACUCUUCUAGACAACCUAAAAAACCUACCUGAACUCAUCGAGGUCAUCAAAAAGGGCAAGCAUGAGGGCCGUGAUGGGAAGUCUUUCCAAGAGGUUAUGCGGCACUAUGAAGAAGUACAUGGUGCUUAUCCUUACCGGUCGCGGAGGGAAAGAAAAGAACAACCAUCCACUACAUAUUCAGGCUUAGGUGCGACAUUGCAGCAACUCACUGCCAAUGGGGACAUUGGUAUAGCCUCUCCAAGCCUGAAUUAUGAUGGCUACGUUGAAAAUGACACUCCGAUUGCGGCACGAUGCUCCACGUCCCUUUUUUGGGGUGAAGUGGCGCCGCAAUAUCGGCAAUCACCUCCGGAAGCCACGACUGCAGUUCACGCUUUGAUAUCGAUCCUACCGCUCCCAGUUCUCGCCACCGGGAGCGAAGUGGACGAGGUCACAACACCAGCCAAGAUGCAACCAGCGGCCGUGGUCAUGACGGCGCAAGAACAACUCCGUUCCAAAGUCUCCGAAAUCUUCACGUUGAAAAACGUCUCGCCCCCCAAGAAACGAAAGGCGGAGGAUGUCGACGAUUCUAUCGUCGUGCCCUCAACGGCGCCGAAGUUGACACCGGUCAACGGUUCUCCCCCAACGUUCAAAGAGGCGACUAUACUGUCCGCUGAAGCAUCCGAUCCCGAAGACGUACCGAAGAGCCAUGCUCAGGAGAAACACAAAUCGGACAAGAAAGCAAAGAGAGAAGCACGUAGGGAAGCCAAGCGACUCACGGCUGAGGCUGCCACGAAGACGACUCAGCCAUUUGAUUACGCGAGUGCAGAGUCACUGCUGAACCAACCGAGUCCGGCGGUGCAGGGUAAUGCGAAUGGGCAAGCAACGAAGAGAAUGAACCCGUUUGCAAAGGCCUUGGAUACUAGUACGGGGGCGAAACGUGCGAAGAUGGGUAAGGAAUUGGCUGGCAAGAGCGUGACGUUCACGUCUUGA